UUGAAAAAAUUAAAUUAUGCGCUAGAGAACGAAAAUUCUUACUGUUUCAGGAGGUCUAGCGAUACGUUUCGUCGAUCAAUCCAAAUAUGGUGAUUCAGCAUUGUUCGUACUACUUAAGGACUGUAUCAAUCUACUGUUCAAUAUUAACUCCUUUGCGAACCCAAUGCUAUACUUCCUCUUCACACGGCAGUUUCGAGAUCUACGUGUGAGUUUUCGACAUUUUACGCCAUCGAGGUCCGGAUCGCUGCCUGUCAAUGUGAAUCGUGGUUCUACCUGCAAACCCAUCGCAGUGAGCGUCCGAGGUACUACUCAGCUCCGCCGUUAUACAGACAUGGCGUCGAAAAACCCUUACGAUGAAGAUGUAUCGGAUCGAAGCGAAAGCCUUCCUAUAUGGCCAUUGACGCCAAAGACAAGUCUGACAACCGAUAGACAAUAUGUCGAUCCAUAG